AUGUCGUUGUUCAAGUCGAAAGAGUGGUGGAGGACCGAGUGCGGCUCGAACGGGAGCUUCGACAAACAGAGUUUGUUGGUCUGUCCGCUCUUCGGAGAUGAGAAGAAGGACGCGGUGGUCGUCGGCAGCCAUGAUGGAUAUCUCAGGGUGUUCAUGCCGACCUCGACUUGGCUCGAAGAGACGAAAAACCCGACGGGCUUCAAGUCCACGGAUCUUCUCCUUGAGACGAAAGUUGCAGAGUGCGUUGUCGAUCUGAAGUCAGGGAGGUUUGCCUCAGGUUCUCAGGAGAUUCGACUGGCCAUUUUGACUCCGAAGGCGCUGACGGUUUACACUUGUACCUUCAACCAGGACUCCAUCGAGCACGGCGACAGAUGCGUCCUGAGUGUGACAUACGAACACGCGUUGCCGCGGUUUCCCUUGUCCUUGACCACGGGGCCGUUCGGCGGCGUCCGCGGCCGCGACUUCUUGUGCGUGCAAUGCCUCGACGGAAUUCUGCUCUUCUUCGAGCAGGAGACUUUCGCCUUCCAGCAGAGCCUGGAGAACCGACUGCUGCCCAGCCCGGUCGUCUACGUCGCCAGGAAGGACGUCUUCGUCACCACCAACUCCUCCUGGAUGCUGGAGUGCUACAGGUACCAGAACAUCGCGGAAUUCGGGCGGAGCCAGAGCAAGCUGGACAAAGGAUCCAGCAGAGUCCUGGGGCCGGACUGGUCGUACAACCUCGGGGAGGCCAUCCUGGACAUAAACGUGGUCACGCUCAGCAGCUUCGAGGUCGGAAUCCUCGUCCUCGGCGAGAGGAACCUCUUCUGCCUGCGCGACACUUGCACCCUGAAGUACACCAAGAGGCUGGAGUACGACGCGCUGUGCUUUCACGCUUACGUGAUAGAGCCCGACGGGAAGCUGAUGGUGAUGGUAGUGGCGGAUACCGGCACCCUUAUGGUCUACGAAGGCACCACCUUAAGGUGGUCCGCCCAACUGACCUUCCCAGCCGUGGCCAUCACUAGAGCGCACUUUCAAAAUUUGGAAGGUGCCAUCGUGGUUCUCUCCGAAGAUGGAAUCCUCGAAGUUUGUUAUUUAGGAUCCGAGCCAUCCUUAUUUGUUGCUCCGCCGAUUCACAGAAGGACUUUUGAACAAGGAGCCGUCGAAGAAGAGCUCUUCUCCCUUCGGAAGAUUCUCAGGGAAUCCGCGUCCUCGGGGUCGCCUUUAGCCGCAGCCGCCGCAGAAUCGGAACUGUCCCUGAAGGUUCAAGCGUCUCCGGAACUGGAGCCCUGUCCCUCCGACCUCUUCGAGGAGGUCGAAGGUCGGUCCAUGUGCAGGGUCAGCAUGGAACUGACCUCGUACACGCCCCUGAGAGACGUCCAGGUCCACGUGGACGUCUCGAGACCGCUGGUCGCCUCCAAGGCCAGCCACGCCAUUCCCACUCUCUGUGACAGGCUCGUCCUGGAAACGACGAUCCACGUGGAGGGCAACGCACAUCCGGUGACCUCGGAGGCGAGGGUCACGGUCACCUACGAGGUCGAGGACGGUGGCCUCCGCGUUCUCCAGAAGACCCUGCAGCUGCCCUUGAAGUUGACCUUGAACUCCUGUAUCCCGGAAACCACGGCCUCCUCCACGGUCACACUCAAGUCCAAGGAGCCGCUUCUCAACUUCGGACAAUUGUUCCCUGAGUUCACCGGGGAACGCGGCGCCAGGCAGAACUCGGGCGCCCUGGGGCUGCAGCACCUGCACGCCGGCUCGGUGGUGACGAUCCUGCUGGGGUCGAAGACCAACCGCUACCGGGUGCAGUCCAACGAGUCCCUGGCCCUGACCUCGGUGGUGCACCAGCUGACCUCGCGGUACCUGGAGCGGUUCCCCGGCAGUCUGACGAGCAGCGUGGCCCGGACGCACCUGCAGGUGGUCCAGGCCCAGGUCGAGGCCCAUUUCGCGGCUCGCCGAGAAGUUCAGCGCGUCGCGAACGAGAUCGCCCUGACGACGACCCAGUUGAGAAACGUGGAGAAGAGGAUGCUGCGCUGCUUCAGGGAGCGGAACUCCCGAUCUUUGGCCGGCGGCCUGGCGACCCUCCUGGACUCCACCUAUCGGUCGGCCUUCGACCUGAUUCAACAGCUGGCCGAGGCGCAGGCGGAACGAGAUCGCGCCGGGGACGGUUUGCGGUGCGCCCUGAGGUUACUGCUCCUGCUGGCGAGGCUCUGCGUAAACGACGAUAAGUACAACCUACUCGAGUCGGCGAUCGGAUUCGUGCCGCAGCUGCACGACGACGUAGGAUGGGAGGAGAUAGCCGACGUCGGACUGUCCGUCUUGUUGAAGGCGACCUCCAGGAAGCAGGAACACGAGGUUGUCGGGUCCUGGAACAAAUUGGAGCCCGUGAGAGACGUCGGCAAGCUGAAGAAGCGCAUCGUCCACGCCGUGGAGAGACUCGGCAAGGACGCGAAUUUAACGGAAUUCGAAUCCGCUGAUCCUCCUCCGGAGGAUCCUAUACGCUUCUCCGUUGCGUCCUCGAUGUCCUCGACGUCCUCGACGUCGUCGUUCGCUUCCCCCGAGGAUGGCGAUGGCUCCCGUCCGGUCUGAUGACUCUCGGAAGCUCCGCUCCUCCUUGCUGCCUUCUCUCAGAAAAAUAAAAGCCUUAUGAGGAUAUGGAAGACGCUAAGAAAUUUAACGUCGUCGAUAAAGUCAAAUUCAUCUAUACCCUUUUUGGGGGGAAUG